AUGUUGAAGAACAAAGGCUUAGCUGAACAAGAUCUAAGUAAACUUGAUGUAUCUCAGCUACAUCCUCUCUCUCCUGAGGUCGUUUCUCGUCAAGCCACCAUUAAUAUAGGAACCAUUGGCCAUGUCGCUCACGGGAAAUCGACAAUUGUGAAAGCUAUCUCCGGUGUGCACACUGUUAAGUUUAAGAGUGAAUUGGAGCGUAACAUUACCAUCAAACUUGGUUAUGCAAAUGCCAAGAUUUACAAAUGUGACAUGUGCCCUAGCUAGACCAGAGUGUGCUACAAGUCCUUUGGAAGUGGCAAAGAAGACAACCCAACUUGUGAUGUCACUGACCAUGAGAAGUGCCAGAUGAAACUACUAAAAGAUGAGAAUGGAAACACUAAUUGCAGUCCUAUUUACACUUGUAUAACUUCGCUGUACGCGGAACAGAACGAGCUUCAGUUUGCUGUCCCGGGAGGUCUAAUUGGAAUCGGGACGAGCAUGGAUCCUACGCUUACCCGCGGUGAUAGGCUACUUGGUCAAGUCCUUGGUGAAAUAGGUACUCUCCCUGACGUCUAUGUUGAGCUUGAGGUGAGUUUCCAGCUUUUGACACGUCUCAUUGGAGUUAAGACAAAGGAAACAGAGAAUCAAAUGAGAGUCUCAAAGCUAACCAGGAACAUUGGAUCGAUGUCUACAGGAGCUGUGGUUAUUAGAGUAAAGAAAGAUAUGUUGAAAGUGAAGCCUGAAAUGUAUUGGGCCUAA